CCCGCCAAUUUCCUGCCCGCCUCUUUUGAUCUCGCAACUUCUCCUUUGCUUUCUCUUUUCUCCUCACACCUACAGACUUCCCAGGAGUCCUCGAACCUUCCACUCCCUACAAGAAACCGUCUACUAGGCUCGAUCAGUCCUCCAUCGCGCUCCACCACCGACCCCAACCGCCACAAUGUCUGCUAGCCCGGCUCCCUCUGGCGGUGCCGAUACAAAGCCCGCUGAUCAGAUUCACUUCCGCUUCUGUCGCGAGUGCUCCAACCUUCUCUACCCCAAGGAGGACCGCAUCACAAAUCAGCUCAUGUUCACCUGCCGUACCUGCCACGUCGGCGAGCCCGCAACCUCCCACUGCGUCUACCAGAACAAACUCAACAGCCAGGUUGGAGAUACUGCUGGUGUCACCCAGGAUGUUGCCUCGGAUCCCACGGUUUGUGCCCCCGAGCCCAUUCUUGGCUUCCUAAACAUCCCCGGCUUCUGCACCUGCUGUGGCAAAGAGAUCUCCUGUGAGACCUGUGGCCGCGCAUACUAUGCGGUCCCGAGGGAUUCUCACGACGGAAACCUGAGUCCAGUCUCAGAUGCAACUAGCCAUGUGUCCAGCGUUGACUAUACACAGCUGGCUUAGAUGGAUUCAUUCGGCUGACUCUUUUUUUUUUUAUUU